UUCCGGUGGCCGGGAGGCGGGAGUUACAGUGAACAUGGCUGCGAUCGGGGUGCACUUUGGUUACACAUGUGCGUGUGUUGCGGUGUUUAAGGAUGGGCGAGCAGAUGUGGUGGCCAACGAUGCAGGAGACCGAGUCACGCCUGCUGUAGUGGCUUAUAGAGACACCGAGCAGAUUGUUGGAAUCGCAGCAAAGCAGGGCAGAAUACGAAAUGCAGCGAAUACUGUAGUGAAAGUGAAACAGAUCCUUGGCAGACGGUAUGAUGACCCGGAGGCUAAGGCACACAGAGAGGAAAGCAAAUGUACAAUUGUCAACAAAGGGGAUUUGCCCUUGUAUGAACUCGACACUGGAGAGACAACCAAGUAUGUGUCUCCUGAAGAGGUGGCCAAACUGGUCUUCCACAAAAUGAAAGAGACGGCCCAAUCAGCUCUGGGCUCUGAUGUUAAAGAUGCCGUUAUUACUGUGCCUUUUGAAUUUGGGGAGAUGCAGAAAAAUGCAUUGAGGAAAGCUGCAGAGGGGGCUGGGUUUAAUGUGCUUCGUCUGAUACAUGAACCCUCUGCUGCCCUUCUGGCUUACGGUGUUGGUCAGGACUCGCCUACAGGGAAGAGCCAUGUUCUGGUUUAUAAGCUCGGCGGCACUUCGCUGAGUGUAACAGCUUUGGAGGUGAACAGCGGGAUGUACCGUGUCCUCGCCACAAACACUGACCACAGUAUCGGAGGAGAGAGCUUCACCCACGCACUGGCACAGCAUCUGGCUGCUGAGUUCAGAAAGUUGUAUAAGCAGGAUGUGAGCAGUAACCCCAGAGCAAUGAUGAAGCUAAUGAAUAGUGCUGACAUGGCUAAACACAGCCUCUCAACGCUGGGCAGUGCCAACUGCUUUGUGGACUCACUAUACGAUGGCAUGGACUUCGACUGUAAUGUAUCAAGGGCUCGCUUUGAGUUGAUCUGCUCCAGUCUGUUUAAUAAGAGCAUCCAACCAAUCAGAGUUCUCCUGGACCGAGUCAACCUCUCCACUUCAGACAUCAACACGGUGGUUUUAAGUGGUGGCUCCGCAAGAAUUCCAAAACUGCAGCAGAUGAUCAAAGAUCUGUUCACAGAUGUAGAGCUGCUAUGCUCAAUCCCCCCUGAUGAGGUGAUCCCGGUGGGUGCCGCCAUGCAAGCGGGCAUCUUGGUAGGCAAGGAGAGCCUGGUCCUGGAUGAGGACUCAAUCACUGUGGACUGCUGUGGCAGUGAUAUAAUGGUGAAGGAGGUGGAUGAAUCUGGAGCAGACAUUUUCACAGUUUUGUUCCCAUCUGGCACGCCCCUCCCUGCCCGCAGACAGCACACUCUACAGGGUCCUGGCAGUUUGGCAUCAGUGUGUCUGGAACUGUAUCAGGCCAAGAAACCCCUAGCACAGAUUGUUCUUAGAGACCUUCCACCCAAGGAGGAUAUGCAUGACAUCGUCACAGUGGUUACUAUGAAAAGGGAAGGCUCACUACAUGUUACCUGUACAGAGCAAUGCAGUGGCAGAUCGGAGGCUGUUACUAUAGCAGCAGCUGCAGCGGCAUCAUAACUUUUCUAUUAUAGUAACUCAGAAACCACAACAUCUGUGACGGGUGGGCUUUAUGUGUGUAGCAAUGUCUUGGUAUACAAAUGAUCACAUGUUCACUCAAGCUACAGUUCAUUCAGUGCUUACAUUUAAAUAAAGUGUUUUUUUUCCAUUAAA